AUUGACAUUUGCUUUUCUACUUCUGUAUGCAAUGUAGUUAGAUGUAGGAAAACAGGGAAAAGGAAAUUGUUUAUGUAAAAAAGCAAUUCAGUCGAGAAAGAUCACCAGCAGUUAGAACCAUUGUUCUUCCAAUAAUGUAUAUAUGUACUUUGUUGCAGAGAUAAAUGGCUGCUCACAUUUUUUUUACGACCUAAGCAGUGUGAGUCAACAAUUUAUUAUAUGGUCUCAGACCCAAAAUGUUACAAAGAAACGUUGAGGUGGGCUGGAAAAUCUUCAGAGAUGGGGAGGGAGCUGACCUUAUGGGGAAAUGAUGAUGUUUUGUUCAAACAAAGAUAAAAUUGUAACUUCAAAUCUGGAUCGGCAAACCUGCAAAUGUUCAGAAUAGGAUCUGUGUGGCAUAAACUCAAUACUUGGUGCUUACUGCUUAACACCGGUUUAAACCUACAAGUAAACUAUCAGGAACUAACAAAUGAGCCUUGAGUUGCAACUUACUUUACUGCAAGUAAAAAUAUACUGAAAAAACUUAUGACAGCCCCAUAGAGAUGAUGGAUUCAAUAUUUCAAUUCCGUUACAUGAAGCCCUGGACUUUUCACCUAAAACUGGUAAACGCAUGGUUACCAACUGGCUGUAGGCCCAUUGGAGAAUGCGGGGAAGAUACCAGGAAAUGGCUGACACAUGUGAUGCUAGAAACCAUGCAGACAACAAGAUAUGGAACUGUCAAGCAACUUGGAAGAUUUGCAGGAACUAAAGCACCGCUAAAUCAACCAACAAACACCUGGCAUGCAGCUGUAAGUGAAAAGUACACACCCAAAAGCAGUAAAGCGAACUCUGCAUCUGCUCAGGAAAGGCUCUUGGACCAUCCUGUCAUGCCCCUGUGUUGCUAGCUCUUCACCUCACCUGAUUGCAAUCACAUGGUUGCUGCAAAAACACGGAGACGGUGUCGUCUGAUUGCUUUUGAUGAAUCAGCAAGCAUAUCUUAAACUCUUGAUACAGGACACUGGACCAAACGGAACACCUCCAUAAAGGCUCGACCGCUGGACCCAAGAUGGUUUCCACGAUGCCUCUGACCAGUUCAGCAGCAAAGACUGUACUAUGGAUCUGAUUGAUCAGCCACUAGCCCACAAUCUUUUCCUCCACAGUGCAACAAGCCAUGGCCCAGCCAAAUCUGAUCUGAAUCUGGCUGCCUCCCUUUGAAGCAAGCAUUGCACGCACCAAGCUUGUGGUAUUGUCCAGUGCUACAGCAACCAUAUGUCUAUGCCUAUAUAUUCGUGGACUAGCUAAGUAAAACACCAUCCCUCCGUCCACAAAAUCACAAAACAUUUCUGAGCAACGUACCUGAGAUCAGAACCAAGAACCAGCCAUGAUCCAUCCUAAGAAGCUUGCUCAAUUGAUGAGGAAGUGGCAAAGGGUCAAGACAACUGCCGGUGAAGACGAUGAAACAUGCUGCACAACCUCAUCGGUCGCAGAUAAGGGCCCCUUCGCCAUGUACACGGUUGAUGAGAGGCGUUUUGAGAUCCCUUUGCCUUACCACGGCACGACAGUCUUCGGCGAGCUACUGCAUAUGUCCCACGAGGAGUUUGGGUUCACAGCUGAUGGCAGGAUCACACUGCCCUUUGAUGCAACCGUGAUGGAAUACGUCAUGUGCUUGCUCAGAAGGAACACAUCAGAGGAAGUAGAGAGGGCAUUCCUGAGCUCUGUAGUGAUGCCUAGCCAAUACUCAAGCCAUGCGAUGCCACCUGCGGUGCAACACCAGCCUCGAGCAGUUCGUAGUUCCUGAAAAUACACGAGUUUUGCCCUGUUUAUUCUCCAUUUUGCCAUGUCUCAUACAAUACGAUGUAAAAUAGUUCAACACAGGAGAACGAAGAUUAGAGAUUAGUGUACCACCUUGUUGUAUCUUAUGGAGUAUCUUAACUACAAAUGUAUAACAUUAGGCCAUAUGGUGCAAGAAAGCGAUUCAUUUUAAACUCA